AUGAACGAACACACAAAACUCCCCGUCUUCCCGCGCACCUCAGCACGCAGACCACCCAACAUGUCUCGCUCGCGCAGAGCCCAGAGAGAUACAAGUGCCUCAGGCUCCGACUCGUCCGCCUCCACGUCCCCCGAGCGCGGCUUCGACGAUGACAAGGACUCGCUCAUGCUGCAGUCCAACGAUUCUCUCUCCUCCCUGGCGCCCUCGCUAUCUCCAGACUCGGACGACGACGCUCGCCGGCGCGCCAUCGAAGAACAGAACCGCAUCUCGCCCAUCUCACGCCUCCCCGCCGAGCUCAUGAUCGCCGUCUUCGCCAAGUUGUCCUCCCCCGCCGACCUCAAGAACUGCAUGCUGGUCUCCAAGGACUGGGCGAGAAACAGCGUAGGUCUCCUCUGGCACAGGCCGUCCACAAACAAAUGGUCCAAUGUCAAGAGUGCCAUCUGGACCGUGAACAAGGCAAACAGCUUCUUCGACUACAGCAGUCUGAUCAAGAGACUCAACUUGUCAGCGCUCGGCAACGAAGUCAGCGAUGGCACACUGAAACCUCUUUCUGGAUGCAAGCGCGUCGAGCGUCUGACCUUGACCAACUGCACCAAGCUGACGGAUCUGAGUCUGGUGGCUAUGCUCGAGGAUAACCGGAGUCUUCUGGCGUUGGAUGUCACAAACGUGGAUGCGACCACCGACAAGACAAUGUUUGCCUUGGCACAACAUGCCGUACGGCUGCAGGGAUUGAACAUAACAAACUGCAAGAAGAUCACAGACGAGUCGCUCGAGGCUGUGGCCCGAAACUGCAGACAUCUCAAGCGGCUCAAACUCAACGGAUGUUCGCAACUGAGCGACAAGAGCAUCAUCGCUUUUGCGAGAAACUGCCGCUACAUCCUCGAAAUCGACCUUCACGACUGCAAGAACCUCGCUGACGAGUCUAUAACCACCCUCAUCACCGAAGGCCCGAAUCUUAGGGAGUUACGCCUGGCCCACUGCUGGAGGAUUACGGACCAAGCCUUCCUCCGCCUUCCGUCCGAUGCUACCUAUGAGAGCCUCCGUAUUCUAGACCUCACCGACUGCGGAGAAUUACAGGAUUCCGGUGUUCAGAAGAUCGUAUAUGCAGCGCCACGACUCCGAAACCUCGUCCUUGCAAAGUGCCGCAACAUCACAGACAGAGCCGUCUUGGCCAUCACACGCCUGGGCAAGAACCUGCAUUAUAUUCACUUGGGUCACUGCUCGCGUAUCACGGAUACGGGUGUUGCACAGCUGGUGAAGCUGUGCAAUCGAAUCCGUUAUAUCGAUUUGGCCUGCUGCACCAAUCUCACAGACGCAUCAGUUAUGCAGCUAGCCAUGCUUCCAAAACUGAAACGAAUAGGACUAGUCAAAUGCGCAGCCAUUACAGACCGUAGUAUAUUAGCACUCGCGAAACCUAAGCAAGUGGGCUCUGGUGGACCAAUUGCCCCCAGCGUGCUAGAGAGAGUUCAUCUCAGCUACUGCACCAACCUCACCUUGGCGGGUAUCCACGCCCUCCUUAACAAUUGCCCGCGUUUGACCCACCUCUCCUUGACAGGCGUGCAAGCCUUUCUCCGCGACGACCUCCUCGUCUUCUGCCGCGAAGCCCCCCCUGAAUUCAACGAACACCAACGCGACGUGUUUUGUGUCUUCAGUGGCGUCGGCGUACAGCGUCUGCGUGGUUUUCUGAACACGAAUGGCCAGAAUGAGGAUCGCGAUUCGUCCUUUGGCGACAACGAAGGAACCAUGUACAAUGACGGCGAAGAUGGUGGCGACGUCAUUAUCAAUGUCACAGCGCAAGCGAAUGGCAUGGUUAUCGACGAGAUGGACGAAGAAUUCGGUAAUGAUAGCGAGAUGUUAGGCCAGGAUUAG